AUGGUGGAGGUGCUGGCCGACCCCCCCGGCGAGCUGGUGCGCACCGACAGCCCCAACUUCCUCUGCUCCGUGCUGCCCACGCACUGGCGCUGCAACAAGACGCUGCCCAUCGCCUUCAAGGUGGUGGCCCUAGGAGAUGUGCCCGACGGGACGCUGGUGACAGUAAUGGCUGGGAACGAUGAAAACUACUCUGCAGAGCUCAGAAAUGCAACGGCUGCCAUGAAAAACCAAGUCGCCAGGUUCAAUGACCUCAGAUUUGUGGGUAGAAGUGGAAGAGGGAAAAGCUUCACGCUGACUAUCACGGUCUUCACCAAUCCACCCCAAGUAGCCACAUACCACAGAGCCAUCAAGAUAACGGUGGAUGGACCUCGUGAACCCAGAAGACAUCGUCAGAAAAUAGAUGAGCAGACAAAGCCCGGCAGCUUGUCCUUUUCAGAGCGCCUGAGUGAACUGGAGCAGUUGCGUCGUACGGCCAUGAGGGUCAGCCCACAUCACCCAGCCCCCACACCCAACCCGCGAGCUUCCUUGAACCACACCACUGCUUUUAACCCUCAGCCUCAGAGUCAGAUUCAGGACACCAGGCAAGUGCAGCCGUCUCCGCCGUGGUCUUACGACCAGUCCUACCAGUACCUGGGCUCCAUCGCGACGCCCUCGGUGCACCCGGCCACGCCGAUAUCCCCCGGCCGGGCGAGCGGCAUGACCUCCCUCACCGCGGAGCUCUCCAGCCGCCUCUCCAGUGCUUCAGACUUGACUGCGUUCAGUGACCCCAGGGUAGGAAUUGACCGCUCAUUCUCCGCACUUCCCUCCAUUUCUGACCCUCGGAUGCACUACCCCGGAGCAUUCACCUACACUCCAACGCCAGUCAGUUCAGGGAUAGGAAUCGGCAUGUCUGCCAUGUCCACGGCCACAAGAUACCACACGUAUCUGCCGCCUCCCUACCCUGGUUCAUCUCAGGCCCAGGGCAGCCCGUUUCAGACCAGCUCGCCUUCUUACCACCUCUAUUACGGGACCUCCGCCGGCUCGUAUCAGUUCUCCAUGAUCUCCGGGGGAGACCGGUCCCCGCCGCGCAUCCACCCGCCUUGCACCAACGCCUCCACGGGAUCGACGCUCCUCAACCCCAACCUGCCGAACCAAAGCGACGUGGUCGAGGCGGAAGGGAGCCACAGCAACUCCCCUACUAACAUGGGUACCACAGCAAGGCUAGAGGAAGCGGUAUGGCGACCGUAUUGAGGGAAUCUUAAGUGUUUAUGGGCCAGGACUAACGUGCUUUCUAUUUACCAGUGCCCAUAAGUAUCCUGUAAAACACCUGUCUUGCUUGUGGGCCCUGCCGUGUUCAUACAUCGCUUUCAGAAGCAAACUAUCCAGAAGUCAGUGCUCCCAGGGACGAUGCACGUACGAGCCAGCGCGCUGCGUGGCCGG